CAGCGCCAGUAUUGCACACUGCAAGAAGCUCGUUUCGACUACGGUCCUGGCGUGUAAUAGAUCUACCUCACCGUUCCAACGUGUGCUGGGGACACCCUUGCGCCGUUCAAACACAAUAAGGAAAACAACGUGGCGACACUGCACCGCGUUAUUUGUUUUCCAGCUCGUUGCCUUGCUUCACGGCGACGGAAUAAAUGUAACGUGCAGAGAGAGACACUGACAGCGCCAUAGAGUGUGCCGUAAAGCGAACAAAAGCAGGAGGAAGCUUCUCUGGACGGCUUCACAUCCAACGAGGCUUGGCUAUUCUAUUCUUUCUCCUAUCUCUCACUUGCCCACUGAGCUGCCCCCCCUCCUCGAAGCACUCGACUCUUAACGCCAGCCUGACAUGCCUGCCCUCACCCAAUCGUAUGAAGUCCUCCUGGACUUUACCAACGACAUGCACGACUGCGCGACAAUUCAAUUACUGCGUGAUUAUGGGAGAAACACUAGCACGGCUGUGCUGCUGCAACCUGGAGAGAGUAUCACUCUUGUUUUGGACGCAGGCUCCAUGUACAAGUAUGCCCUGAAAUCACGCUCCAAGGUCGCCAACGUGAGCGCCCGGUCUUGGAGGGAUGUACAUUGUGACAUAUCGCAGUUGUUCGGCGGAGCGUCAUCCCCCCGCUCGCCCUCGCCAUGUGCUUCGAUUCCAUCUACCAACUACGUAAACGGUGUAACGGUAGACCGCAUAUGGCGCGACUAUCGAUUCAAUGUUUGGAACGAUUCGGCAAGUGGUUGAUGUCUUUGACGUUGCAUAAACUAAUACCGAACCGCCGUUCCCUGAUAUUCAGUGAUGAGCGUUGGGCUCCUGGCCAUGGUCAUGAAGUAUGCAGUGGAAUAGGCAGCUGAGAUUCAUAGCAUCCCUUCAUGCAUGACAUGGACAGAUUGUAGGACUCUUUCUGCUGGCAGAUAAUACAUCCCCCAUUGCAGUUUUUGCAUAAUAUCUAACGUAGAAUGUCAUCUUAUUUCUUG